UUAUUCUCCAUAACUGGUUACUAUGUUGCAGCAGGUGGUCAUUGUGUGCAGUGACAAGUCAAGUGAAUGGAAAUAUUACGUUUUUUUUUUAUGACAACGCGUGAUUAAAUAUUUUAGAACGUGUUUUUGACGGCUUAUUUUCUUAUAUGAAAGGUUUGUGAUUAUAAAUCCAGGUAGCUUUCCCCCGAAUACUUUUGUAUUCUAACAAGAGUGAAACUCAGAAUAGUUGCCGUGUCUUGAGAAACGUGGCUUUUAUGAACAGCUUUUAUUGCAUUUUUGCGGCGAACCAUGGCUUUUGCUAAAUUCAGCAAAAUACUUCGCCUGUCUAAUUUUGACAUAAAAAAGAAGGCAAAACAAUACGAACACGUUCAUCGAGACAUCAAUCCUAAUGACCAAUGGGAAAUUAUCGGAGAGUUGGGUGAUGGGGCUUUUGGAAAAGUUUACAAGGCCAAGAAUAAGGAGACUGGAGCGCUGGCUGCAGCCAAAGUCAUUGAGACGAAGACUGAGGAGGAGCUGGAGGAUUACAUGGUGGAGAUAGAUAUCCUGGCCAAGUGUGACCACCGCUACAUCGUCAAACUGUUGGACGCCUUCUACCAUGAUGCCAAGCUCUGGAUCAUGAUCGAGUUCUGCCCUGGAGGAGCCGUAGACGCUACUAUGUUAGAGCUGGACCGGGGCCUGAUGGAACCUCAGAUUCAGGUGAUCUGCAGACAGACGCUGGAGGCCCUGGUCUACCUCCACAGCAUCAAGAUCAUCCACAGAGACUUGAAGGCCGGGAACAUCCUCCUCACCCUGGAGGGAGACAUCAAGCUAGCGGAUUUUGGGGUGUCAGCGAAAAAUACCAAAACCCUACAAAGAAGGGACUCUUUCAUAGGAACACCAUACUGGAUGGCUCCGGAGGUGGUGAUGUGUGAGACUAUGAAGGACGCUCCAUAUGACUACAAGGCUGACAUCUGGUCCCUUGGUAUCACCCUGAUCGAGCUGGCCCAGAUCGAGCCCCCGCACCACGAACUCAACCCCAUGAGGGUCCUGCUGAAGAUAGCCAAGUCUGAGCCCCCUACCCUGGAGCAGCCCAACAAGUGGUCACAGGAGUUUAAGGAUUUCCUGAAAAAGUCGUUGGAUAAGAAUCCGGAGAGUCGGCCAAACGCAGCCCAGCUCCUGGAGCACCCCUUUGUUUGCUCUGUGAAGACCAACAGACCCUUGCGAGAGCUGGUUGCUGAGGCGAAGGCUGAAGUCAUGGAGGAAAUCGAGGACAAUCGAGAGGAAGGAGAGGAGGAGGACACCGCUGAGCUCUCAGUCCCAGUGCCUCCAGGCAUGGACCCGUCUCAAACCAUUCUACAAGGGGACAGUGCCCCAGACACACUCACCAAAACCCCCGUGGGGGAGGCCAAACCCCCCGUGAGACCUUCCCGCACGAGGGAUGGCCAGCCGAUCGACCGACAGCUCCCUGAUGAGGGCAUCAGCAUUGUGGACUUUGACAAGCCCGAGAGCGAGGCCUCUGGCAAGGUCUUCUCCAGCUCCGACUCGGGCAUUGAGGAUGGGAAGAGCACCUCGGAUGAGGGCAAGCCUGUGGACACCCCUCUGACAGAGAAACCGGCCCUGCUGGCACAGCCCGAGAUGGUACCAAAAAUACCCCAAAGCCAGUUGGCGGUGAAGGGAGGAAGCGCCAGCAUGGCCAGUGGGGUGGUUCCCGUGAUUGGGGAAAAAGGGCCCCCCACCCCUACCCCAGACCCCACACCUUUGAUCGGGCUGAACGGCAGCAUGAAGAGAGGGCCUUCGAAAAGGGAGAGGGUCCCAAUAGGGGCUAACAUGGACAACCCGAUGGCCCACCACAACGCCAAUGGCAUGAUCUCCAAGAGGUACUCUGACGCGGGCAGCGUGUCUGCUUCUGAGAGCAUGGACAUCAGCCUCAACCUGUCAGGAGACAUGUCAGUCAACAAGGACGAUGGAUCCCUCUGCCCCAGGGUGGACUCUCGUUUCUCCAGUAAGACGUUGAAGCGCACCAGGAAGUUUGUCAUUGAUGGCUUGGAGGUCAGCGUGACCACAUCCAAGAUCAUCGGCGAUGAUGAGAAGAAAGAUGAAGAGAUGAGGUUUCUCAGGCGUCAGGAGCUCCGGGAUCUGCGGCUGCUGCAGAAGGAGGAGCACCGUGCCCAAGCGUUACUGAACACAAAGCUGGACGCUCAGAAGGAGCAGAUGCAGCGACGCUUUGACCAGGAGAUGAACGCGAAGAAGAAGUUCUACGACACGGAGCUGGAGAGCCUGGAGAAGCACCAGAAGCAGACCAUUGAGAAGAUGGAGACGGACCACGCCAUUAAGCUCAGGGACGAGACCAAACGCAUCCGCUCCGAACAGGACCGCGACUACAACAAGUUCCAGGAUCAGAUGAAGCGCAACAAAAAAGAGGUGAAGAACGAGAUUGAGAAGCUCCCCCGAAAGUCACGGAAAGACAGCAUGAAACAGAGCAUGAACACCUUUACACAGAUGAAACAAACGGAGGAGCAGAACUUCCUGUCGGCCCAGAAGAACCACCUGGACACAACGCUGAAGAGGAUAAUUUCGGAGAACAAGAGGGAGAUCUCCGAGACAGAGAGGCAGUGUCUCAACAAGAAGCAGAACCUUGUCAGAGACAGGGAAGCUACUAUCUGGGACCUAGAUGAGAAGAACCUUCAUGAGAAGCACCAGUUACUGAAACAGCAGCUAAAAGACCAGUACUUCCUCCAACGGCACCAGCUGCUCAAGAAGCAUGAGAAGGAACAAGAGCAGAUGCAGUGCUACAACCAGAGGAUGAUUGAGCUGCUGAAGGCCCGGCAGCAGCAGGAGAAGGGUCGCCUGCCCAAGAUCCAGCGCAGCGAGGGCAAGACCCGCAUGGUCAUGUUCAAGAAGAGCCUCCGCAUCAACUCCACGGGCAGCACGUCGGAGGACCGCGAGAAGAUCAAACAGUUUGCCCAGCAGGAGGACAAGCGUCAGAAGGCUGAGCGGCUGCACCAGCAGCAGAAGCAUGAGCACCAGAUGAGGGACAUGAUGGGCCAGUGUGAGGGCAACGUCAGGGAGCUCCAGCAGCUACAGAAUGAGAAGUGCCACCUACUCAUUGAGAACGAGACUCAGAGGCUCAAGUCUCUGGAUGAGCAGCACAACCACCAUCUCAAGGAGUGGAGGGAGCAGCUCAAGCCCAGGAAGAAGGCUCUGGAAGAGGAGCUGACCCAGAGGAAGAGGGAACAGGAGGUGUUCUUUAAGAUGAGUGAGAACUCUGAGUGCCUGAGCCCCAGCUCCCCAAACAAACUCACCAAGUUCCUCCCUUACUCUGAAUCCUCUACAACGUAGACCGGCAUCUCACCACCCCCCCCCCCCCCAACACCCUUAUCCCACACCAUGCCCAGAAGGACCACUGUCAGCUUCCUCAUUCCUCCUGAACUUUUAUUUCAUUUUUAAGGAAUAGUUAUGUUUUAAGUCCUGUUUAUAAGAUUUUAUUAACUCAAGAUGGCAAAGAUUGGUCAUAUUUUCUUUGAGGAUUGUCUUUAACUCCACAUGUGCAUCAGGCUGCUUGAUAGUUAGGGUGUUCUUCAUCCAUGCAGUGUUUCCUUUUUCAUUCUUAUUAAUAUUGCCUACAGCACCAAAUUGCCAGCACCAAAUUGACUCAGAUCCCCAUUGGUUUGUCUACCCAAUAAGCAUGAGACUAACCUAAUAGUUAGAAGGGUCUGUUGGGGAGAUGCAUCCCAUAUCCCAAAGAGGGUCAGUUGAGGAGUAGUAGUUUAGGUGCAAUGUGGAACACAAUAUUUCUUUUUACUUCAGACAAUGCUGUGUUGGUGGGAGCCAAUGAAAACGCACUUUUGUUUCACUGCAAUAUCGGUCUCCUUCCAAAGAGUUUCUCGCUUAAUGAACACACCCAAGUAUGGCGCACACUAACUCGGCAAAAAAAGAAACAUUUCAGAAAAUGUCACGUAAAUAUUUGUAUGAACAUAAGCUUAAACAACUGAGGCAUAAACUGAACAAGUUCCACAGACAGGUGACUAACAGAAAUUGAAUGGGGGGGGGUCAAAAUAAAAAAUAAGACAGUAACUGGUGUGGCCACCAGCUGCAUUAAGUACUGCAGGGCAUCUCCUCAUGGACUGUACCAGAUUUGCCAGUUCUUGCUGUGAGAGGUUACCCCACUCUUUCACCAAGGCACCUGCCAUUUCCCGGACAUUUCUGGGGGGGAAAGGCCCUAGCCCUCACCCUCUGACACAACAGGUCCCAGAUGUGGACAUUGGGAUUGAGAUCCGGGCUCUUCACUGGCCAUGGCAGAACACUGACAUUCCAGUCUUGCAGGAAAUCACACGUAGAAUGGCUAGUGGCAUUGUCAUGCUGAAGGGUCAUGUCAGGACGAGCCUGCAGGAAGGGUACCACAUGAGGGAGGCGGUUGUCUUCCCUGUAACGCACAGAGUUAAGAUUGCCUGCAAUGGGGACAAGCUCAGUCCGAUGAUACUGUGACACACCACCCCAGACCAUGACGGACCCUCCAUCUUCAAAUUGAUCCUGCUCCAGAGUACAGGCCUCUGUGUAACUCAAUCCUUCGACAAUAAACAUGAAUCCGACCAUCAACGCUUACAACAGGCCUACAAGCCCUCAGUCCAGCCUCUCUCAGCCUAUUGCGGAUGGUCUGAGCACUGAUGGCGGGAUUGUGUGUUCCUGGUGUAACUCGGGCAGUUGUUGUUGCCAUCCUGUACCUGUCCCGCAGGUGUGAUGUUCAGAUGUACCGAUCCUGUGCAGGUGUUACACGUGGUCUGCCACUGCGAGGACGGACAGCUGAUUGUCCUGUCUCCCUGUAGCGCUGUCUUAAGCGUCUCACGGUACGGACAUUGCAAUGUAUUGCCCUGGCCACAUCUGCAGUCCUCAUGCCUCAUUGCAGCAUGCCUAAGGCUUAUCACACAGAUGAGCAGGGACCCUGGGCAUCUUUCUUAUGGUGUUUUUCAGAGUCAGUAGAAAGGCCUCUUUUGUGUCCUAAGUUUUCAGAACUGUGACCUUAAUUGCCUACCGUCUGUAAGCUGUUAGUCUUAAUGACCGUUCCACAGGUGCAUGUUCAUUGAACAAGCAUGGGAAACAGUGUUUAAACCCUUUACAGUGAAGAUAUUUGGAAUUUUACGAAUUCUCUGAAAGACGGGGUCCUGAAAACGGGACGUUUCUUUUUUUGCUGAGUUUAUAUCAAGUUGCCAAAUUUUCUUUUGACAUUUCUCUAUUACUUUACAAAGAUCAGCACAGAGCAUGAUCUUCAGAAUUCACUUUCUUUCUGUUAACACAGUGAAUUAAUAGAAUUCCCAGCGAAAUCAGUUUCACGAACUUGGACUGUAAUUCGCUUUUGAUAAAAGCAUCUGCUAAAUGGCAUAUUGUAUUAUAUAUUAACUUAAAAUUGCAUUAAAAUGCUCAGAUCAUUUGCCCUUGUUUCAAUCAUAAUAGAGCCCUAGUUUUACAAUUUGAUGAGAUGAGCUUAAACACGUAAUGAAUACAGGAGAAGUCAGGGAAAAGUACUUUGUAGUCCAAUUUAUUUUAGUUUUUUUAAUUCGAGGGUUGAAGAAAAUGAUUUUUGAGUUGAUUGUGUUCAUGUCGUAAAUGUCUUUCUGUGCUGCAUUUUUACUGUAAAGGCAAUACUAGCACACUGGAUGGGAACUAAAAGGCAAAGUGGAAUACUGUCUUUGUAGGAAUCUUAAUAGAUAAGUUUUACAUUUAAUUAAGUGUGUUGGGUUUAUUUUCCAUGGUUUGUUGAUAAUACAUGUACUGUCUGCUAACGAAAGUGCAAUAUGUAAUUUUUCCUCCACCAAAUGUGCCUUUCUUUGCACUGAAAGGAGUAUACUAAGUUAUGAGGUAGUGCAUCGGAGCUAUUUUGCAGUUAAUAUGUAUCCUGCUGCUUUUGAAAAGGGGGCUUGUUUUCUUGACCAAUUAGACCUGUUAGAUCACUGGAGGCCCGAGCGGCUGCGGAUAUUCGCUCUUACCUUCUACUUGAUUGAUAAAUGAAGGUCACUGAUUAGUAAGGAACUCCCCACACCUGGUUGUAUAAGUCUUAAUUCAAAGGAAAAGCCAGCAGGCGCUAGGAAUGGGUUUGACAGCGCUGUGUUAAUCUACAGUAAUUUGGUCAACUAUCAGGUACAACUACUCUCUCAAUAUGUAUUUUAAUUUGUUUGCAAAUGACAACAGAAGAGAGAAAAACAAUGAGUCUUUUUCUGUCUCUGUUUACCUUUUUUUAAAGUUUAUUUUGUAAGGGGUGUGAGUGGAUGACUGUUCAGCAGAAGGAACCAUUGUUGUACAUGAGUCUAAUAAAUGCAAACGUUCUAAUGUC